UAUGCUUCUGUGAUCCGGGCGGGGCGCCACCUCUACGGCACACGCACUGCUGCUAGAAACAGCUUGCUUACUGCGUCUUUUUCGUAUGCGCUUUACAGAAUUACCUCAAUCCGGUGCUAUCAUCCACUCCGUUAUUUGAUUGUUUUACUAAGUACUCAACCAACGUGUGAAGAUGUUUUACACUUGCGGUCCUAACGAGGCGAUGGUGGUGUCAGGUUUCUGCCGCUCUCCUCCACUCAUGAUCUCUGGCGGAAGAGUCUUUGUUGUUCCAUGUGUUCAGCAGAUCCAAAGGAUCUCUUUGAACACUAUGACACUAAACGUAAAAAGUGAUAAAGUCUACACGCGUCAUGGAGUGCCAAUUUCUGUCACUGGAAUUGCACAGAUGAAGAUUCAAGGGCAGAAUAAGCAGAUGUUGGCUGCGGCGUGUCAGAUGUUCAUGGGAAAGUCAGAAGCCGAGAUUGCCCAUAUUUCCUUGGAAACAUUGGAGGGUCACCAGAGAGCCAUUAUUGCUCACUUGACUGUAGAGGAGAUCUACAAAGAUCGCAAGAAGUUCUCUGAGCAGGUUUACAAGGUGGCCUCAUCCGACCUUGUCAACAUGGGCAUCAGCGUGGUCAGCUACACACUUAAAGAUGUUCACGAUGACCAGGAUUACCUGCACUCUUUGGGAAAGGCCCGUACGGCACAGGUGCAGAAGGAUGCUCGUAUUGGGGAAGCCAAAAAUAAAAGAGAUUCUGUGAUCAGGGAGGCUCAUGCAAUGCAGGAGAAGGUAUCAGCCCAAUACAUGAACGAGAUUGAGAUGGCUAAGGCUCAGAGAGACUAUGAGCUGAAGAAGGCUACCUAUGACAUUGAAGUCAACACCAAAAAAGCUGAGUCUGAAAUGGCGUACCAGUUACAGGUGGCAAAGACGAAGCAACGGAUCGAGGAGGAGAAGAUGCAGGUGCUGGUGGUGGAGCGCUCGCAGCAAAUCACGCUGCAGGAACAGGAGAUCACACGUAAAGAGAAAGAGCUGGAGGCGAAAGUCAAGAAACCAGCUGAGGCAGAGAGAUACCGGCUGGAGAAAAUAGCGGAAGCUGAACGUCUUCAACUGAUCAUGGAGGCUGAAGCCGAGGCAGAAGCCAUAAGAGUGAGAGGAGAAGCUGAAGCGUACGCUGUGGAGGCUAAAGGUCGGGCUGAAGCAGAGCAGAUGACCAAGAAAGCUGAGGCCUUCCAGCAGUACAAGGAAGGAGCAAUGGUUGACAUGCUUCUGGAGAAACUGCCACUGAUGGCAGAAGAGAUCAGUAAGCCUUUGUCAGCCACCAAUAAGGUUACCAUGGUUUCCAGUGGAGGUUCAGAGAUUGGUGCAGCCAAGCUGGCAGGUGAAGUGCUGGACAUCAUGACUAAACUGCCUGAAACUAUUGAGAAGCUGACCGGGGUCAGCAUUUCCCAGGUGGCCCGCACUGGUUAAACCCACCUGUUCUCCAACACAGCCAUGACUUUUUAGCAGUAUGCAUACUCUGUACUGUUCUUGCUAUCUCGCUCUCAUUUUAUUGAAAUCUUUUUAGUCUCCUUUUUGUAACUCUGUGUGUCUCGUACUCUUUGUCUUUCUCCUCAAUGCAUAUUUUUGGUUGUCUCUUUUUCAUGUUCAUGAGUCUGUCUACUAACACUGCCUUGCUGCCAAAACCCAAAGUGCAUUUUAAAGAUGCUGUUCUUUAUAUUUUCUAAUGUCUAUGUUGAAUGCCAUCAGACACUACAGCUUUUGACAAUGACAGAACGUUUCAUUCAGGUUACAGUUGACGUUUCCAUUAGUUGUUGUUGAGUUUUUGAAAACUAAAGUAGUAUAAAGGGAUUCAUAUAGGAAAGCAAGCAUUUAUAAGCUUUUGCCACAGCAUGUGUUGAUGUGAGUAACUGAUGCUGUGUCAUCUAUUUUUGAUAGUUUCACUUUUCUUUAUGGAAGUUUUAAUAGUUUAGUUAUAUUUGUUUGAGAAUAUGUCGUUGUGUGUAUGUAAUUGUAAUAAUAGGAAUGAUUUAUUUUAUCAGUAUCAUAUGAUGUCAAGUUUUCAUUCAUGACUGCAGGGUUAAAUCACUUCAUAUACCGUAUGUGUUGGUACUGAGAGUCCUAAAGUAAAACAUUUGAGUGAUCAUCACUUUGUAGUUUACUCUAGGAAUAGAGUUAACAAGAAAAGCUGUUUGUAAGAUGAUUUCACGUUUAUUUCAGAGGACAGAUUUGAUCCAAACUGUUUCCUUUUCCGUUUUUAUAGUCAAGUACUGUUGCAGUAUUUAGUAUGUUGGUUAUGUUACAAUACUACCUGAUUAUGUGAUACACAUAUACAUGAAUAUUUAUGCUGAAGGAUUUAUUUUUAAAUGUCAGUAUAUUUUAAAGUUACUUGUGUUGACUUAUUGUUAUUUUAUUGAGCACUAUUAUUUGUCACUUAUGUAAUACUUGAUAACAUUCUGAUGUCAUACCAAUAAUGAUGUGUGUAACACUGUUACUGUACUUUAGUCUCAAAGAUGUUGUAUGCAAUUCAAAAUUAACUAACCGUUCAUUUCCGAUACCUUUUCUGUAUUUGUUUUACAAUCUUUAACAUCUUUAAUUCUUAAUAUUUUAUAUCAUAAGUGAGAUACAUCACUCGAAGCUCUGUCCAUUUAUUAUUGGCGAGCAGAAUAAACUUGAUUAUUAUCUUA